GAUAUCGAUAGGUCGUGUAUCGAUAGUUUGCUGCAAUUAUAGUAAGAAUAUACAAAUUCAUAAAUAAAUUGUUAAACAAGGCAAUGUCCGGGACUAACAACAAUCAGUAACGACCAAAGAGUGUCUUGCAAUGGAAGCGACAGAAGACCAGCUAAUACUGGCCACCGGUGGCUAUGACCACACAAUUAAAGUGUGGCAGACGAGCACCGGCAACUGCAUCAAAACCAUGCGCUUUGUGGAGACAUCGCAAGUGAAUGCGCUGGACCGUACACCGGAUAAGACGCGACUGGCUGCAUGCGGUUAUCAGUGCAUAAGAUUGUACGAUUUGGACUCGAACUGCACGGCGCCGGUGAUAAAUUUUGAUGCUGUGCAAAAGAAUGUGACGCGUCUGGGCUUCCAGGAGGAUGGCAAAUGGAUGUUUACUGCCGGUGAGGAUCAUCGUGUGCGCAUCUGGGACAUGAUCUCGGCACCGCCCCAUUGUUCGCGCGUUUUCGAUUGUCAGGCGCCGGUGAAUGCCGCAUGCCUGCAUCCGAAUCAAGUGGAGAUUGCGAUGGGCUCCCAAAAUGGUGGCGUCUAUCUGUGGGAUGUUAAGUCCGAACUGCACGAACAGCUUGUACCCGAACUGGAAGCCUCGAUUCAGGAUGUGGCCAUCUCACCAGAUGGCCAUUACAUGGCCGCCGCCAACAACAAGGGCAAUUGUUACAUUUGGGAGCUGAGCAUCAGUCCCGGCCAGAUGUUGAGCACGAUCAAUCCGAAGAAGAUGAUCCAGGCACACAAUCGCUCUAUAUUGCGCUGUAAAUUUAGUCCCGAUUCGCGUCUACUGGUGACCACAUCGGGCAAUGGCAGCGCCUGCAUUUGGAAGACGGGCGACUUUAGCAAGUGGCGCGAGCUGACCAUUAAAAACUAUUGGAUUUGGGACGCUGCAUUCAGUGCCGAUUCCAAAUUGCUAUUCACAGCCUCAUCGGAUGGCGUUGCACGCCUCUGGAAGCUGGAGACGAAAACCUGCGAACGCGAGUAUACGGGCCACUCCAAGGCAAUUACGGCACUGUCCUUCAAUGACGAGACUUUUGACUAACACAGGCUUAUACAUAGCCUUAGCAUCAUUAGUCUUAGCUCUACACAUAUAGAUAAAUGGAGUCCAUCCCGAUGUGCAUUAUCCAACUGGAGAAAAGAUAUUCUUUUCUUUUUCUUUACCAAUUUAUGAGAAGUCGGAUCACAAAAAAAAAAAAAUUCAUUUUUUUUU